AUGCCUAGAUUGUAUAUUCCAAGCCAGGAUGCCCGAGACAUAGAGUACGCUGCUCUAAGCUAUGUAUGGGGUGGUGAUCAUGCAAACUUCACUAAGACAACAGCAUCUAACCUGGAUGAUAUGAGGAGACAACUGCCAUGGAACAAACUCUCGAAGACGAUUCAAGAUGCUAUCAUCAUCACCCGUGGCCUGGGACUUAAAUACCUAUGGGUGGAUGCUUUAUGCAUAUUGCAGAAAGAGAAGAUUAAUGAUAUCCAACAUAUGGAGGAUUGGUCCAUUGAAGCUGCCAGAUUCGCCAGUUAUUACCAGAAUGCUGUUCUUACGAUUGCAGCAACGGGGUCCGAAUCAUCUAGCAGAGGACUAUUUCUGGAGAGUCCUACCCUUGAAUUCAAGCCGGGACCUGUGGUUAUUUUACAAAAGUCUUUUUGGGCAGGAUUUAGACAAUCUACGAUCCAACCGCUUUAUCCCGACCCAAUAUCAGAAAUCCGCAACUCAGCAUUACUUAAUAGGGCAUGGACUGCCCAGGAAAGACUUUUAUCGGAGAGAAUACUACACUUCGGUGCGAACUGCAUAUUUUGGGAAUGUUCUGGGGGUUAUGUUAGUGAACUUCAUCCUGACCGCUGGGACCCAUUACACAAAACGUCUGAGUUCUUCCAUUUCAAGAAUAUUCAUACGUUUAGAACUAAAGAACUCACGGAGUUGUGGUACGCUUUCGUAAUUGGAUAUUCAUUGAAAGAUAUUUCGGUUGGAUCGGAUAGGCUCCCUGCAUUGUCAGGAGUUGCCACACUAGUAUCUACUAGAUGUCAACAGAAGUAUAUUGCAGGCAUCUGGGAGUCGAGGGUUGCAGAAGGACUGACCUGGAUAGCGAUCAGGACCUCCGACAUCCAUACCGAUGGUCCUAUCCAGUCAGAGCGAGUUCUACCCUCUUGGUCCUGGGCGUCUAACAACGGCUUCAUAUGGUUUACUUUCCUUCAUGGCCCUUGGGAAUCAUUGAUACAAGUCAAGACCUUCCAUUCGAGGUCAAAGGGGCCAGACACUUCUGGUCAGGUUCUGGAAGCACGUUUAACUCUCAAGGGUUUGUUCAGAAUGGUAGACUUGUCCCAGUUGAAUACGGUAUACCCUUACAACAAGCACGCCAAGGAGGAAUCCACUGAAAGCGAGCAACAAGACACCGCCAAGCACAAACACAUUGCCUGCAUGGAUGGCAUAAAGCCUGCCGAGCCGCUUGGCACCCACCCUCGACUUUGUCUUUGA